ACACCAUAAGUACAUAUGUUUAUAUAAAUUCGGACACUGCUCCCACGUUUUUCGCUCCUCCCUGUCCUGUCUCCAAUCCCCAAUCAUUUCCAAAUCAAAUAUUCAUCAAACGAUUUUAAUUUCUUUUACAUUUACAGAUCGGAUCGAACCGAAUCGAGCAAACUGUGUUUUCGAGAAGAUUGAUCGAUUCAACUGCGCUGCUUUAAUUACCCUGCAGAUACAGACGUGCUGUGCGUAUGUCUGAAACAUGAACUCACGAGGAACUGAGACAAUGAGAGAACAGAAAACCUAUCGCAAGUCGUCAUCAUGGCCGAAAGUGGUGGCCAGAAAGUGGUUGAAGAUGAACUCUGCUGCAUGCCAUGGAUUUCAUCAGUCGGAUUAUUACAAAACUUCUACCUCAGAACGAGAAAACGGACGGUCAGGAUUGGACGUAAACCAGCUUAGGACGUUUGUGGGGACAUGGAACGUAGGAGGGAAAACACCAAACAAUGAUCUAAACCUAAAUGAUUGGUUAAGGACUGAUCAUUUUGAUUCACCUUCCGACGUAUACGUACUCGGGUUCCAAGAGAUUGUACCGUUGAACGCCGGAAAUGUGCUCGGCCCCGGCGACUCCGGCAUGGCGCGAAAAUGGCUCUCUUUAGUCCAUGCAGCUCUGAAUCCCGACCCCGAUGACGACGAGGCCAGAAUAAGCUCCUCCGACGAUCUGAUCUCUUCCUUGGGAGAUAAUUUCUCGAGCUUGCGGUCGAGCUCGUGCUCUAGCGAAGAAGAAGGCUUCAACAGUUUGGGUCCUAGCUCUAGCACUAGCACGAGCCCGAUCCACGAGCAUUUAGCACAACAACAUAAGUACCGGUUAGCGGCUAGCAAGCAAAUGGUCGGGAUCUUCCUAUGUGUGUGGGUUCGCCAAGGCUUGUACGGACAUAUAUCACGUACCAAGAUCUCGUGCGUCGGGACAGGCCUCAUGGGAUGCCUCGGAAACAAGGGGUCGGUGUCUAUAAGCAUGACGCUAGACGAAACAACGUUUUGCUUUGUGUGCACCCACCUGGCGUCGGGAGAGAAAAGAGGCGACGCGGUGAGGAGAAACUCAGAUGUUGCGGAAAUUUUGAAGAGGACGCGAUUCUCGAAUUCGUGUAAACCCGAGCAGAUUUUGGAUCACGACAACAUAAUAUGGCUGGGGGACUUGAACUACCGGCUGGCGUCCAUCUGCUGCAAUACAUACGAACUGUUAGAACGCCAAGAUUGGCAAGCCCUGAUGGAGAAAGAUCAACUAAGAGUGGAGCAAAAGGCUGAUGGAGGAGUGUUUAAAGGGUGGGAAGAAGGGGACAUAAGUUUUGCUCCAACAUACAAAUAUCUCACCAAUUCAGACAAAUACUACGCCGCCACCAAUUCAUAUCAAGACAAGCCUAGGCCCAGGAGAACGCCUGCCUGGUGCGAUAGGAUUCUGUGGAAAGGGGAAGGGAUUAAGCAGAUGUGCUAUGAGAGAAGUGAGACAAGGUUUUCUGACCAUAGACCUGUCUACUCCCUCUUUUCUGUCCACCUUGCUCCUCAUUCUAAUUCAGAUUGCCAAUAAACAACAAGAUCGAUUUAUUUUCCAAGUUACGCAAAACAAAAUACAAACAAACACUACCCCAUCAAUAAUGUUAGAAGCCCAGCCCAUGCUUUAAAACUUCUUCUAUAAUUAGAAUUGGGCUUGGGCUUAUUGGGCUUUUGGCCCAACCCCAUGAUGCAAGAACGACUGAGGGAGGGCUGUGCUGCUGUGUUAUUUGUAGUGUGGAAAAAUCUUUUGUAUCUUUAGAAAUACAGAGUGAAAUGAAUGAAUGCAUUUCCAUU